AUGAACAAAUAAACUGAUCUUUUUGACCUUAAAAAAACUAAUUAAUAAGAUAAUUUUAUUCCUGAUAAAAUUUUAUCUGCUAAACCCUAGCCUACUAUCAACCAAGCUGGCAACGCAGUCUAGCUUGACGGUGGCUAAAAUCCAUAAGAUAAUGUAAAUCAAAGCAACAACUCAAGUGACCUCAAAAACAAUUUGCCACUUGUCACUGAAAGACGUGAUAUUAUUUUGGAAAAUGAUAUUACAGGUUAACGCUAUUUGAUGCCAAAUAUUGAGGUUAAAUUCUUGCAAAGCAGUGAAAACAGCUUAUACUUUUCUGAUUUAGUAGAUCGUCUUAAGUAAAUGUGCUUCCCUCUCAACGAUUGUAUGCUUUUCUGCUGGGAUGAAAAGCGUGGUAUGCAUGUCUUCGUUGCAAAUGAUCCUAUGAAUCAACCUCAUUUCUUACCUUCUCACCUUUGUGGUGUUAAGUCAAAUAUUUAUAUCAAAUUCCGUUCUUAUAAGCAAUAAUCUUCUCAACAAUAAUUUUAAUAUGGAAGCUCUUCAUCACGCUAAUAGCAAAGUGGUAACAAUGGAUCUGUAAAUAACGGUAGUGCUGUCAAUCCAUCUAUCAAAGAAGAAGAUAAUUUAAUUUCUGAGGAUAACACUACAUUCUCUUAGUAAAAUAACAAUGCAGGAAGUAGUAUGGAACUUGGAGGAAAAAUUUCCAGAAAGAAGAAAUUGAUGGGACGCUCUUCUAAUGACAAGAGAGUUAAGGAGAGAUAUAUUGAAAAAGUACGUGAAAAGGUUGCUGAAUGGCGUGCUAUGCAUGAAACUGGAUUCCGUGAUUAGAACGGAAACCUUUAAAAAUUGAAUUUAGAUCAUGCUGCUAAUUACAUUGGCAUAUCUCGUAAAACUCUUGAUGAUUACUAUUUACAACUUCGUCGUGCAGAGCAAUUAGGGUUCGAUUUUGAAAGAAAUAAAGGAGAAAAGAUGGGAACACUUCGUAAAUUUGUCAAAGAAGAGACUAAAAAGUUAAUGAAAAAGGGUUUAAACAAUCCAAGUCUCACUGGAAAUAACAACAGUACUAACUUCGAGUCUGGAUUAAAUAUGAUUUCUGGUUGUGAAAACUCGGACGAGGAAGAGUCUUCUUAAGAUUUGAACUGCUUGUCCGCUAAUGCUGGCUCAAAUAAGAACCAAGUAAACAAUAACAAUAAUAACAACAACAGUAAUUUAGUCCUUAACCAAGCUAAUAGCACCUUGAUGCAAAAUGUAUUACACAAUUCAAACCCAAAUCAUAACUAGCAACUAUUUACACCAUAUAAUCUUAAUGCUUAAACUUUCCCUUAUUCUUCUAGCGGAUUAGGCAAUCAUAAUUCUUACGGUUAACAUUCAUAAAAUUUUAUGCAAGCUUCCUUAGGUCAUGGAUUUUCAUAAAAUAAUCGCAGCAGCUACAUGGUUCAAGAGUAAAUUGGAUCAUCAGGUUUAGAUAACUACCAAAGAAACAGCAACAAUAUAAAUUUCACUGGUAGUACAUUCAAUCCUGGAAGCUAAUUCUUGAAUAAUACAAGCCAUAACUUUAUGCAAUCAAACACAAACGAUUUCAGUAUUGCCAAUUUAGGAGAUGGUCUAAACUAGGGCAGCAAUCUCAACACUGCUGAUUAGCGUUUCAGUAAUUAAUUCUUCAUCAAUGGAUUCACAAAUACUUCCUAAAUUAUAGAUGAAAGAAAUUCUUUUAACAAUAUAAUUAGUAGUAUGAACACCCAUAACACCCAUAACAACCUAAAUAACUAAGACAACCGCUAAUCCAAUGGCAGUUAUAUGAACAUGGAAGAAAAUUACAUCACUACUUCUGUGAAUCAUUGA